AAUACACCCCGUUAGAAGAUCAUGCAUCCACAUUGAUUUAUAACCACUUUCAUUUCGACAGCAGGUGGUGUGUUUUACUUCAUAAACAGAACAAUGAAGGAUGACAGCCUAGAACAAAUGGACAAUGGAUGACAAAAGAAUUGGUUAAAACAAUUCCAGAGGAGAUAACUUUUAAUAUGAUAAGGGAUAUCGGAAUUUCUUUACAACACAAAACUGGGCUGACAUACGUCUACCUAUCUUUCCACAGGUAGAAAAGAAAUAAAUGAUGUUUAAAUUCAACGAGGCCAAUCAAAUAGAAACCUAAUCUCACAAGAUAUUGAAAGUGCUUUGUGUAAUCCUCAUCCUUCAUAAUGUCUUCGUAUAUCAUUACACAUAACUGUGAGUCCUGUUGGACGAGACGCGUCAGACAGACAGCCAGUUCUAUGUGCAAUGACUGUCGUAUACCUAUGUGCGAUGCUUGCUCAGAACACCAUAAAGGAAAGUUCAUUCGCCACAAUUUUUCAAGUCUUGUAAAGCAGGAGGAAUCAACAAAAGAGGACGAAAGUGAUUAUUAUUACGAGGAUAGUGACGACGAAAACUCGAAUAAAAGCGAUAAGGACGCCAUAAAGAUGUCCAAACUUCUGCUGAAGGAAAUUUCGGUGAAGCUUCCGGACGAAAAAGACUGCAAAGUUUCCGGCUUGUCUGCUUUCCAGAAUGACGUCAGUACUUUGGUGGCAGAUGUCGAAAACAGAAUGCUGAAACUGUUUGACAAUAAUCUAGAAUUGAAAUGGACAGUUCCCGUGACCCGGGAUUGUGUUGGCGUCACUGUGGUCUCUGAGCAAUCCUUCGCCACCAUUGCUGGGAAAAAGCUUCAAUACUGGGAUGUUGAGACCAACGAAGAUGGCAUAGCUAUUCCUAAGAAGGAGGAAGAAGUGGAAAUUAGCCACACCGGGUUUGCUGUACAUUCUAAUGGCAAAUACAUAGGAGUUCUGAUGAGCUCUGACCAUCAAGUUCAGAUAUUUCACAUCUCGUGUGACGAGAUGCAAUCUAUUGACUUGCAUACAAUAACCAACAGAGCCAUUACUCCAGGCUUUACACUUCUCCUGGACUCAGAUCUAGACCGUUUCUACAUUUCAGACAGGGACUAUGUCAACGGGACCAAACUUCUGAGUGUGUCCUUCACAGGGGAUCUGGUGUGGGAGUGCCCCGUCCCCGCGUCUGUCGGGGGAAUCGCCGAGUGUGACAAUCUUCUGUUUGUGGUCAGUAUAGGUUAUGCUAAGAUUCACAUGAUCACUAAGGACGGCAUGGAGGUGGGAACUCUGGUCUCUGACGAAGGAAAGCUUCCCUUCCAUAUUUGUACCCAACCUCUUGAUAAGACGUUGAUUGUUUCCCAUAACUUCACUGGAAGUGAUAGAAAUAUUAUAAGGGUAUAUACUUUAGAUGAGAUCCUUUAUGAACAGGAAAAAUUCGAGAAGGACGAUGAUGAUGAGCUAGAAUUGCCUUGAUAGUCUGAUAUUGAAAUUACAUAUUCUAAUGCAAAAUUAUGGCACACAUUCAUUAAGAUUACAUAUUUUAUAAAGACCUAUCCCUCGCCUUAUCUCAAGAGGUAUAUGUAUUAUACAUUGUAUAUACUGUACAUGUAAAUGUAUAAAUAACAGAUUACGGUUAUACACGAGAGCAUUCAUACUUUUGAGAUCAAGAGGGGGGAUUUUGAUCCGAUAUCUUGCUCUGAAUGAUUACCUGCUAGCUUGAAUAACUAUUUGUCCAUGAAAUGAAACUGGUAUUUAAACUUCGUUUUCUUAAGGGGAAUAGAAAAUUAAUUUGGACGAGGUCCAAUUUUAACAUUAGAUUGAUGUCUGAAUAGAAGUGAUUGAAUAUUUGAAAGGAGGGGAGGGACCCCCCCCCCCCCCAAACACACACACCUGAGAGGUGUGUUUUUAAAAUGUUGUUAGAAAUCUAGAAAUAAAUCUGAGAAAUAAACUGUUAUUUUUAUUA